CUUUCUCCACCUUAUUAACUUUGUGCAAACAGGGAUCACUGGGAAAGAUUGCUUCAUUGGACUCCUGUUUAGUUUAAGCUGCCGAACAUGGCUGUAAUAGAGAAGCUGCUUGUUGUAGUAUUGCUUUUUUCACAAUUCCUGCAACUUGGGGGAUUUAAGGUCCUAACCCUUGCCUUUAUGGGGGGAAGCCAUUAUCUCCUGAUGGAUGAAAUAUCAAACAUUCUCCACAAGAGGGGCCACGAAGUUCGAAUGUUGUUACAAGAAGGAGUAAGGUUGACUCCAGGACGACACUAUGAACAUUCUGAUACUUAUCAAGUCACAAAAUGGUCAGCUAGUGAAAACGUUAUCGAUGAAUACAACAAAUGGUUUCACAACUUUACAAAGGAUUGUCUGAAGGGGAGAACAACAGUUCAUUCUUACCUUGAUCUGAUGGGCCACCUGGCAUCUCAAUGCCAUUUUGUGCUGAAUGAAUCAAGGACUCUCAGCUCUUUGAAGCAGGAGAAAUUUCACCUUGCGGUGAUUGAUGCAUUCAAUCCUUGCUCUUUCCUGGUUGCAGAGAAACUAGGACUACCCUUCGUGGCUGUCUAUCCUGGGACUUUUGUGAAUGCACCGCAGGCUGGAAUACCAAGUCCUCUGUCAUACGUCCCUCUGGCCCAAUCCCUUCUAAGUGACCGCAUGGAUUUCUGGGAACGCCUGAAAAACUGUUUGAUGUCACUUUUUGCACCAAAAAUAAAAAACCAGAUAUAUGACAAAUUUGACAAUGUUAUUCGGGAACAUUUCCCAGCCACGCCCAGACCUGCUCUCCCUGAGCUGUACUUGAAAGCAGAACUGUGGAUUUAUGACACUGACUUCUCCAUCGAAUUUGUGCGGCCUCUUCUUCCCAGCACAGUGUAUAUUGGUGGCUUAUUGGCAAAACCAGCAAAACCAUUGCCACAGGAGUUUGAAGAUUUUAUUGAAAGCACAGGAGAAGCUGGCUUUAUCAUUGUGACCUUGGGAUCCAUGUUAUCAUCAAUCCCAUUCCCACAACUGCUAAAAGAGAUCAAUAAAAGUUUUGCACAACUUCCACAAGGCGUUAUUUGGAGGUAUCAGGUCUCUCACUGGCCAAAGGAGAUAAACCUGGCUCCAAAUGUGAAAAUUGCAGAGUGGCUUCCUCAGAAUGACUUGCUAGGACACCCAAAGGUUCGGCUCUUUGUCACUCAUGGAGGGCUCAACAGUUUGAUGGAAUCUGUUUAUCAUGGAGUGCCAGUAGUAGGGAUUCCUCUGUUUGGGGAUCAACAUGACAACAUGAUCCGAGUGGAAGCCAGAAACAUGGGACUCUCUGUUAGCAUAGACCAGCUAGAGGCCAACAGCUUUGGAAGUACAAUGAAGCAAGUCAUAGGAGACCAAAGGUAUAAAGCUGCAGCAGAGGGUCUAAGCACCAUCCUCCGUUCUCAUCCAUUCCCUCCUGAACAAAGACUGGCGGGGUGGAUAGAACAUGUUCUUAAAGUGGGAAGUGGAACGCAUCUCCAGCCCCAUGCUUUUCAUCAAAUGUGGUAUCAGCAGUACUUACUGGAUGUUUGGCUGUUUCUCAUUGCUUCACUCUUAGGCAUGCUCUACCUUUGUCUCAAGCUCAUUGGCUAUAUUACUUUAAAGGCCUGUAACACAGGAAAACAAAAGCAAGCAUAAAUAUUGCUACUUUAGUUUUUAAAUGUUGUGCCCCUUUGGGAGAAACACAAUUAUUUAAGGCUUCAGAUAACAGCUGAGUUAUCUGGACUUGGAUGACGUACACACUGACAUCUGCAUGCACUUGUCAUGGCCAAAACUGUGGUGAAAACUUUGCUUUCCCAUUAUUUUUAUUUAUAUCCAUAUAGCUAUCAAAGCACUGUAUUUUUUAUUUCAAAAUGCCUUAGUAGCAUUUUUUGAAAAGAGCAUGGUUCCAAGGCUAUAGUUCUUGGAAAUGAUAACAAUAUGCUUCUUGUUUGUUCCUUGUGAUAGUCCAUACCCCAGUGGUUUGUGGUACUCCAUAUGCUUGAAUUGCAACAUGCAGUUUUCCUCACCAUUGGCUAGGGGUGCUGGGAGAUGCAGUCCAACAACAUCUGAAGAGCCACUUUGCUUUUGUAUGGAGAUGCGGAAGUAAUAGCACUUAGGACAGGGAACUUUGCAUCUAAUAAACAUUUAUGUAUAUAACUCCUAUUAAAAUCUUAAUCAAGUACA